AUGCCUCCCACCAGCGAAGACUCCCCCUUGAUCGCCGACAGAUCCGACAGCCUGUCCUCCGCCGGCUCAGGAUCCCUCUGUGUCCAUCUUUACCACCACCCAAACUCCUUCCAGCUGGCCCCAGAUUCAGCCGGAAGCCUGACCUUCACGUACGGGGACCAUACUGCCGAGCAGCUCUGUGUUGCUGCCGCCAAAGCCUGUGGGAUUCUUCCUGUCUGCCAUCCUUUGUUCUCCCUGGCCACGGAAGAUCUGUUGUGCUGGUAUCCGCCCAACCAUGUCUUUCACGUGGACGAGUCGUGCAGCAAAGUGGUGGUCUACAGAAUCAGGUUUUUCUUCCCCAACUGGUUUGGGCCACAAAAGUCAUACCGCUUUGGGCCAGCAAACGACCAAGAGAAACCUGUACUGGAUUACCCGAUGCUGGAUUAUCUCUUUGCCCAAUCCCGCAGUGAUUUCAUCAGUGGACAGAUGGAUGUGUCUUUAACUCUGGAGUCCCAAGAGACGUGUCUUGGCCUAGCUGUGCUUGACAUGCUUCGAAUCUCAAAGGAGAGGAAAGAGAAGCUGGAGGAGACCCUCAGAACGAUCAGCUACAAGUCAUGUCUUCCGGAGAAGUUGCGCAGCCAGCUGCGGACGCAAAAUUUCUUCACUCGCAAACGUAUCCGUCACCAUGUGGGCCGUUCCCUCCGCAAGAUCAGCGUCCUUCAGACGGAGGGCCGCUCUCUUAAGCUGAAGUACCUGAUGGAGCUGGAGAGUCUGCGGGCAGCCCCGAAACAGGAGGCCUUUCUGACCUGGGCCCCAGGGGCAAAGGAGGCGACGUGGGUGAUCCAAGUCUCUGGGGAAAGAGGGAUAUCGACGAGCCACUGUGACAACGAGACCUGCCAGCCAUUUUGUGACUUCCCCGAGAUCACUGAUAUUAGCAUCAAGCAAGCCAGCCGAGACGGUAUGCCAGUGGAGAACCGCGUUGUCAGCAUAACCAAGACGGACAGCCGAGUCCUAGAGCUGGAGUUCCUCACCCUGCAGGAGGCCUUGUCUUUCGUCUCACUGGUCGAUGGCUACUACCGGCUGACGGUCGACACCCAGCACUACUUUUGCAAAGAGGUGGCUCCUCCCAGCCUCCUGGAAAACCUGGAGAACCAGUGCCACGGGCCCAUCAUGCCAGAAUUUGCAGUCAACAAACUGAAGACGACGGGCCACUGGGCAGGAUCCUACUUGCUUCGACGAAACCCAGAAGAUUUCGACAGCUACCUGCUCACCAUCUGUAUCGAGAUGCCGAUCGGGAAGGACUUCAAAAGCCUGCUGAUCCAGAAAAACAAAGACGAGACCUUCUCGAUCGCUGGUGUUCACAAGAAAUUCUGCAGUUUAAGGGAGCUGCUGGGAGUGUGUCGGCAGUUCAGCCUCCAGGUAGACAGAAUGAUCGUCCAGCUGGGCACGCACUGCCCCCCACAACCCAAAGAAAAAACAAACCUACUGAUAGCCCGGGGCGGCAGCUGCCACCGGCUUCCCUCUUCUCCAUCUGCUCCACGCCGGGUCGUCAACCAGAUGAUGUUCCACAAAAUCCAGGCAGAAAACCUGGUCCAGUGUGAGAACUUGGGUCAAGGGACUUUCACCAGAAUCUACCGGGGCAUCCAAAGGGAGCAGACCAAGGAGGAGGAAGAGGAAGGAGAUGCCGGGAAGCACGUGACAGACGUCGUGAUGAAAGUCUUGGACCUUAGUCACUGUAACUGGGUGGAGCCCUUCCUAGAAGCUGCCAGCAUGAUCGGUCAGCUGUCGCAUAAGCACCUCAUCCUGCUUUACGGAGUCUGCGUGGGAGCAGAAAACAUCAUGGUACAGGAAUACAUCAGACAUGGAGCCCUGGACACCUAUCUGAGGAGGAAUAAUGCCACUGGCAAGGUGACACCUACCUGGAAACUUCAGAUUGCGAAGCAGUUAGCCUACGUGCUCAACUUCUUGGAGGACAAGAAGAUUAUCCAUGGCAACAUCUCUGCCAAGAAGGUGCUGCUAGCCCGGGAGGGGGAUGCCGUGAAAGGAAUGCCCCCGUUCAUCAAACUCAGCGACCCAGGAGUCAGCAGUGCGCUCCUGGCCAAAGAUUUGUUAAUGGACCGUAUCCCAUGGGUGGCCCCAGAGUGCCUGGAGGACCCCAAGAACCUGGCACUGGAAUCAGACAAGUGGAGUUUCGGCGCCACUUUAUGGGAGAUCUUCAACGGCGGGAACAUGCCCUUGACUGCCAUAGAGCCUGGUUUGAAACUUAAGUUCUACCAAGACCACCAUGUUCUCCCCCCUCUCAAAUGGAUGGAGCUAGCCAACCUGGUAGGCCAGUGCAUGGAUUACAACCCUCGGCAGCGGCCAGCUUUUCGCUCCAUCAUCCGGGACCUCAACAGCCUCAUCACUUCUGAUUAUGAACUUCUUUCGGACCUCCAAGCCAUCGACAGCUUUGGAGGGUACGUGGACAUUUCUAUGUGCCACGAUCCCACCCUCUUUGAAGAACGCCACCUAAAAUACAUCUCAGUGUUGGGGAAGGGGAACUUCGGGAGCGUGGAGCUUUGCCGCUAUGACCCUCUGGGCGACAGCACUGGGGAGCUGGUGGCCGUGAAGCGGCUGCAGCAGAGUUCGCCGGAGCACCGCCUGUACUUCGAGCAAGAGAUUGCUAUCCUGCGCUCCUUACACCACGAUUUCAUCGUUGCCUACCGGGGCGUAUGCUACAGUCAAGGCCGGAAUUGCCUCCGCCUGGUCAUGGAGUACCUGCCCAGCGGCUGCCUGCGGAACUACCUGCAGAAAAACCAGGAGCGGCUGGACCUAAAGAAACUGCUGCUUUAUGCCUGGCAGGUUUGCAAGGGUAUGGAGUACCUGGGGUCUCAGCGCUACAUCCACAGGGACCUGGCUGCCAGGAACAUCUUGGUGGAAAACGAAAACCGCGUCAAGAUCGGGGACUUUGGCCUGGCCAAAAUUCUCCCGCACGGGAAGGAGUAUUAUGUGGUCCGAGAGCCUGGACAAAGUCCCAUUUUCUGGUAUGCGCCAGAAUCUUUAGCGGACAACAUCUUCUCCCAAGAAUCAGAUGUGUGGAGUUUCGGCAUUGUCCUGUAUGAACUUUUCACCUACGGCAGCAAGAUUUCAGAGGAAUUUCUCCACAUGAUGGGACACAGCAAGCCCCUCCAGAUUGUCUGUCAGCUUCUGGAACUCCUGAAAGGGAACAGGAGGCUUCCUGCCCCAGCCGGCUGCCCCACAGAGGUCUAUGAUUUGAUGCUGUCCUGCUGGGCCUUCAUGCCAAACCAGCGGCCCCGAUUCUGCGAGCUGAGCCCCCAAAUUGAGACCCUGAGAAACAGUCGCAGCAAAGCCCGGGGCUAG